AUGCAGCCCGUGCUGGGGGUCCUGCUCGCCCUGGCUGCGGCCCUGGGCUCAGGCCACCGCUCACCCCUCAAUGACUUCCAGCGCCUGCGAGCCACUGAGCUGCUGGCUGUACCCACAGACCCACCACCACCACCGCCAGAGCAGGGCUCUGCAGAGCAGUGUGCCCAGCGCUGUGCCACCAGCCUGGCUUGCCGGGCUUUCCACCACAACCGGCAGAACCAGCUGUGCCAGCUGCUGCCCUGGACCCAGCACUCAUCCAAUGUCCAGCUGCAGAAAAACAUCCACUACGAUCUGUAUCAGAAGAAAGACUACCUGCGGGACUGCAUCAUGGCUGAUAGCUCCAACUACCGUGGCACACGAGCCACAACAGAGAAGGGUCUGCGCUGCCAGCACUGGCGAGCCACCACACCACACGACCACAGGUUCCUGCCAUCCCCCCGCAAUGGGCUGGAGGAGAAUUACUGCCGAAACCCUGACCGGGACAAGCGGGGCCCAUGGUGUUACACUGUUGACCCCAACGUCCGGCACCAGAGCUGCGGCAUCAAGAAGUGCGCAGAUGCUGUCUGCAUGACCUGCAACGGGGAGGAAUACCGUGGGGCUGUGGACCACACUGAAUCGGGGACUGAGUGCCAGCGCUGGGACCUGCAGCACCCACACAAGCACCCUUACCACCCUGACAAGUACCCUGACAAGGGACUGGACGACAACUACUGCCGCAACCCCGACAGCUCCGAGCGGCCCUGGUGCUACACCACUGACCCCAAGCGGGAGCGGGAGUAUUGCCGCAUCCGCAUCUGCACAGAGAAACAACCACGAACCCACAACGUCACCACUGGCUGCUUCAGGGGCAGGGGCGAAAGCUACCGGGGUCGGGUGAACGUCACCGUGUCAGGCAUACCCUGCCAGCGCUGGGAUGCCCAGGCCCCCCACCAGCACCACUUUGUCCCUGAGAAGUAUCCAUGCAAGGACCUGCAGGAGAACUACUGCCGCAACCCUGAUGGCUCAGAGGCACCAUGGUGCUUCACCACCCGCCCCACUGUCCGCAUUGCCUUCUGCUUCCACAUCCGCCGCUGCCCCGAUGAGCUGAGUGCCCAAGAGUGCUACCAUGGCCAUGGCGAACACUACCGUGGUCACGUCAGCAAGACACGCAAAGGCAUCACCUGCCAGCCGUGGGCUGCCCAGACACCCCAUGUGCCCCAGAUCUCACCUGUCACCCACCCCAAGGCACACCUGGAGGAGAACUACUGCCGCAACCCUGAUAAUGACAAUCAUGGCCCCUGGUGCUACACCAUGGACCCCCGCACCCCCUUUGACUACUGCGCCAUCAAGCCCUGCUCUGGCAAUGCAGUUCCCUCCAUCUUGGACAAUGCAGACGUGGUGACAUUCGAGCAGUGUGGCCAGCGGGAUGAGAGGCUGCAGCAGAAAGGGCGCAUUGUUGGUGGCCAGCCUGGCAACUCACCCUGGACUGUCAGCAUCCGCAACCGGGCUGGUGUGCACUUCUGCGGGGGGUCCCUAGUGAAGCAGCAGUGGGUGAUCAGCACACGCCAGUGCUUCUCCUCCUGUGGUGCCGACCUGACGGGCUAUGAGGUGCAGCUGGGGACACUCUUCAAGGACCCUGGCCCUGGGGACCCUGACAAGCAGACUAUCCCCAUUGCACGGAUUGUCUGUGGCCCUUCCGAGUCUCAGCUGGUGAUGCUGAAGCUGGCAAGGCCAGCCACUCUGAACAGUCGUGUGGCCCUGAUCUGCCUGCCACCUGAGCGCUACGUGGUGCCUGCAGGCACUGUCUGCGAGAUUGCUGGCUGGGGGGAAACCAGAGGCACGGCGGAUGGCAGCGUGCUGAAUGUGGCACAGCUGCCUGUACUGGCCCACGGUGAGUGCCAUGCAGCGCUGCGUGGGCGCCUGAAGGAGAGCGAGCUGUGCACAGCGCCGCUGCGCGCCGGUGUGGGUGCCUGUGAGGGAGAUUAUGGAGGGCCACUGGCCUGCCUCACUGCUGACUGCUGGGUGCUGGAGGGGGUGAUCACCCCCUCCCGCGUCUGCGCCCGCACUGACCAGCCUGCACUCUUCAUCCGCAUCUCCCUCUAUGUCGACUGGAUCCACAAGGUGAUGAAGAUGGGCUGAGCCGGCUCAGCCCCAGCCUGGCACACCUGCCACCACACAAUAAAGAAUUGGCUGUGGCCACCAGGGUUUGCACUGCACAGGGUCUCACACAUUUAUUUCACAUCGACUUUAAAACACGUUGUCUUGUGU